AUGCAGUCAAUAAGACUUGAUGCCGUGUCGGGCUUUGAACCUCGACACCAACGAAAGCGAGAGCGUCGUCGCUACACCUGCGUCCUCGAGCAAUUGAUCAGCCUUCUGGUGGAGGAUGGAGUCGGUCAACGUGACGUUACGUUAAGUGUCGAGCACGAAAUGGAACAGCGCUUUCUCCACCUCGGCAUGUCUGCCCUUCUGCUGCCGUUUGGCACUCGGAUUAAGGGUGACAGGAAUGUCCUCGCUCAGAAUCCUGCUGAUCGUGGACCGUGCAACACGGACUCCAAACUCUCCCAGCGCUCAUCGAAAGAGAUCGGCUUGCGUGAGUCCAGGGUUCUCUCGCUGGUGUGUCUGUAG